AUGCCCGGUUCGUCUACCCGCGAUACCUCUCCGACCUCGUCCUCCUCCGUGGGGAAAAAGAGUCGUAAUAAACGAUCCCAAAAACUUACCGGAAGUGAUAUCUCAGGUUCAAAGAAGAAGGAUAAGAAUGUUAAAGAAAGUGGCGGGGUUGUCGCAGCGGUGACGAGACAUGGGGCUAAAUUCUCUAGCAGCAAUAAUGCCAGCGAUGCAUCUCCGCCCUUUGACUCCCCUCUGGCGUCUCCGGAGCUGAAACCUACAGUUCCCGCAUCCAUACCCACGAACGGCAAUGCAGCGUUCUCCCCGAUGUUGGAUGCGGCUUCAACAACCUCUGUAUCUGCUAGUACGGCCCCGAGUGCUAAUGACUGGGCGCGCGCGAUGGGGCCCUUGGCUGGUUCGCCGUCAAACUUGAUAAGUAUCAUGGGCGACUCUCCACCAACCCAACCUUCUUCGUACGAGGAUCCGCGGUCCUUACCAUAUGCCUGGAGUGCGCAGCAACAACGACAACACUUCGUAAAUGGUCAUGCUUAUUCUGCUUCCCCCCCUACUGGCAUUAGGCGACCUUUGAGCUUCCAGCUAGAUGCACAUUAUCCCACGAAUGACAUCCGGUCUCAGGCGUCAUCGCCCCCUGGAGUGCGAAGAAGUUCGAUGCAUUCACCAUAUCUGCCACCUCGGAUUGGGUCUCAUCCGCCGUUACCUCACCAGCCUCAAGCUCACUUCUACGGUGCUCCUGAUAUCGACUUUGAUUUGAAUGGCAAAGCUGGCUUGAAACCGGGCGAGAGGGGCUUUUAUUUCGGAUUUGACACUCUUCCCAACCCAAGCGGGGCUCAGACGUCGGGCAGCGAUAAUGUUGUUCUUGCGGGCUACGAAGGUGGCAUCGAUAUUUACAGUGCUACAAAGCAUGCCGUAGAACCACUUGCUAGUUUGAAAGGACUGCGGGGUGGUGUUUAUAAUGCAAAGAUUUUACCCUGGAAUGGCAUGUCGGAUCCGUACGGCAUAUUUCCUUUAAUUGCUCUUGUCAUUCAUGGACCGGUGGUACCAUUGGCGAUCCCCGAGAUAGCUGUUGACCACCACUCUAAUGAGUCGUCCAGUCCCCGGCUGGAUGGUAUUCAUACGCCCCAGUCGGAUAGCAACCAGCGACAAAUCAGCAUUGGAAAGACGCUACCAAUAAUAGACGCCUAUCAGACUACCGUCGAGAUAUAUUCUCUAACAACCAACAGGCUUGUUGAUGUACUCCUGCAGGCACCAAAAACGCCCAUCAAGACUCUAGUGACAAACCCUGUCUUCAGAAGUCCGCCACCAGCUGGUGCUUUUCAACUUCGCGCCGAUGCUGGGAGCGUUCUGAUUUCUUCAGGGGUCACGGGUGAGUGCUGGAUAUACCGGCAGACAAAAUGCGAGCAAGACCCCGGGUGUCAAUUUUGCUGCGUGGGUAAGGUAUGGACAAGUUUGAGCGGAGGUUCAACCCCUGAGAAGGAUGGUAGCCAAAGCCCGCUCCCCGCUGGAAAACGCCCGCAGAUGCCUAUCGUUGCAAUCAACGGUAGGUGGCUGGCAUAUUGUCCACCAGCGCCUUCACCUCAGAAAUCACUCAACCCGUACAUUCCGGUACCGCUAGAAGGCAAAGCGCCCGGCUUAGCGACCCUUGCUCCUCCCAUCUUGCCAAAUGAGAGUUCGGAUGUCGAUCAGCCCGUUCCCGAUGGCGUCAUGAACCGUAUAAUGAGAGAAACCACCCAGGAUUUCAUCCAAGGAGCUCGGUGGGUUACGAAGCAGUCGGCUCAGUUAUGGAAAAACUACUGGUCCAAGCCUGGCCAGCAAGCACAAUCUCGCCAGUCUCAGAUGGGCUCACCGCCUUGGAAUGGGGGGUACUCGGGAAGACAAGAUGCAUCACAAUUCCCUCCAACUUACGGCAUUCCCGGUCAGGCGGUGUCUAAGGAACCGGGCCUAGUAUCGAUUUUAGACCUACAGGGCUUGUCGAACUCAGCCGCACUUCACCACGUUACUACAUUCAAAGCACCACUUGGUUGUAGCUUUUUGUCGUUCUCUCCGGCUGGUCUAUCCAUAUUCACUGCGAGCAGCAAAGGAGAUGUGCAGACAGUGUGGGAUCUGAUGCGUAUUCAGUACACGAAAUCUUCGGCCUUGCAAAAUCCGCAAUUGGUUAAUGGCCACACGACACGAGUAAGGCAGGUCGCGCAGUUUUCACGGAUGACUGUCGCUCGUAUCGUUGAUGUAGCGUGGGCGAGGCCAAACGGAGAGCGAGCCGCGAUGGUGACCGAGAGAGGCACAGUACACUUGCUCGAUAUGCCUCCGAGUGCGUUCACCUGGCCUCCUCCUCGUCGCCGGGUUAGAGUCGAGGAUGGAUUACCCGCGGGUCCUGAAAAUGCACCCUCGGCAGUUUCGCUGGCAUCAAAUGCACUUAGUUCUGCUUAUGGUGCCACUCGGACUUUGACUUCCCGCCAUCGGCGUACGAGCUCAAACUCGCAAACGCCGGCUACUAUCAUGGACCGCGCUGGAUAUGGAGGUAAGGUACUUGCUGCAGGAAUUAGCCAUUCCUUGGGGAACGCGGGGACCGCCAUCAGCCAGCUACGCCACACAGGCGAGAACCGUGUCAGCUUACCACCGGGUAGCAUGUUGCCUGGCCCGUUUUGCGCGACGUGGAUUACUGGCAAGAAGUAUCACACCCUGUUCGUAUUAGGGGAUGGUUUAGUUAGGACUUUUCCAGGAAAAAGCAGAAGGCCAACGGCCGGAAAGGACAAAUCUCGUUUCCAGCGUGGUAAUCAGUACAGGGAUUUCAAAUUGAACCACUUGCCUGAUGAUUUGAUUGCGCCGUCUAUCAAGCAGAUUAUCGACCCUAUCGAGGAUCUUGACCCCAUUAACCAAGAACAUGAUGGUGGCAACACUUUGGUUUUCAACCCCCGACCACAACUUACCGACGCCGAAUAUAGUCCCGAGACUUUCAUCCCGCAAGCUGAGAUAGAGUCUAGUGCGCCCUAUCAGCCGUUCCAUACUGAUAGGCGGGUGGGGCUAUAUUUAUAUGGUGACGGGUCUGCAACUUCUGCAUCUGAACUUCUCCAGGCUACAACCCUGGAGGAUACGACGAGGGGCGGCAAAGCUCGGCGGUCCUGGACACCUCCGAAACAGCCAUGGGCUUUCGGAGAAGCCUUAAACGUGGACAGGAUGAACGUAGGAAUAGUACACUUCGUUGAAGAGGAUAUCAGUACCAGCGUCGAUGACCACCGUGCCCUACCCGCCUCGGCAAUGGAGCGGGUCCUGCAGGUUGGCGAGAACGAUGAGCAAAUCGUAGUUACGACCCGACGGCGUAGAGGCGGUAAUAGAUCUACGGACGCCGACGAAGACGGAUUCUUUGAAGAUGAUUGCGAAGUACUUGAUUUUGCGGACCAGAGAGUUUGA